UCGUGUGAUCGACAUAUGUGAAAGAGAAGGGUAGACUAGAAACAUGCGCGCAGUUGGUAUAAGUUGUCAGUAGCUCAACAGCUUUUGAGUUGUUCGGAAUACUACAAGUAUCUACUAUUUCAUCCUUAUCUGCGGACUUUGAAGCGUGGGUUUUCAUUAACUGAGCAAACGAGAAAUCGAUUUGAACCAUCGGAGAAAAUGUCCGUUUGGCCCACACAACACGAGCCUAUAAAUGGAUAUACGAAAGACAGUAAGCCUAUACAUCAAUCAGUUAAAUAUGCAACACCUAGCGAGACUGGACUUGAUGGACCCGAUCAAGUAUUACCUGCGGACGUGGACGUAACGUGCGAAGCGAACGGCAAAGUGCGAAUAAAAUUGGACAGCAACGAAUAUAAUACAUUUAUGCCCAUAUCGAUACCCGGUAUUUUGACCAGAACGGCGCAGCGCUAUCCGGAUCACGUGGCAUUGGUGUCUUGUCCCGGUCCCGAUGGCAAAAGAACUACUUAUACUUAUCGAGAGUACGAGCAGAUAGUAAGAACCGUCGCUAAGGCAUUUCUGAAACUGGGCUUGGAGCGAUAUCAUGGCGUCUGUAUAUUGGGGUUCAAUAGCCCUGAAUGGUUCAUCGCCGAUCUCGCGGCCAUAUACGCUGGUGGACUUGCUACAGGAGUUUAUACUACAAAUAGUCCGGAAGCAUGCCAAUAUUGCGCAGAAUAUAGUCGAGCAAAUAUUAUAGUCGUUGAAGAUAAAAAGCAGUUGGAAAAGAUCUUGAAAGUAAAAAGCAAUUUACCAGAUUUGAAGGCGAUUAUUCAAUACGAAGGCCUACCUACCGAGGAGGGUGUUUUAAGCUGGGAUGAUGUAUUGGAGAUAGGGAAGAAGGAAUCAGACGAGAAAUUAAUAUCUACCCUAAAGAUGAUCGGUGUAAAUGAGUGUUGUACUUUGGUGUACACGUCAGGGACAGUCGGAAAUCCGAAAGCGGUGAUGAUAAAUCAUGACAAUUUCUUGACUAGUUUAAAAUCUAUAUGCAAAAUCAUAGAAACAAAGGACAAAGACGAGGCUCUAAUCAGCUACUUACCGUUAUCUCAUAUUGCAGCUCAGGUGUGCGACCUUCUGUUAGGCAUAUAUAUGGGAGCCACAGUAUACUUCGCAGACAAAAAUGCGCUGAAAGGUUCGUUAGUGGAGACAUUGCACGUUGCACAACCGACUAUCUUUUUUGGAGUGCCUAGAGUGUGGGAGAAGUUCCACGAGAAAAUGUUGGAGAAAGCACGUAGUAACAGUACUAUAAAAACUUAUAUCGCGAAAUGGGCGAAAGGUCAAGGACUCUAUUAUUAUAUGAAUAAAAUGAAUGGCUUGGAUUACAAGCAUUGGGGCUACGUCCUCGCAAAGUGGAUUGUAUUUGACAAAGUGAAAAUGGCAUUGGGUUUAAGUAAAUGCCGCUUAUUCGCUAGCGGGGCAGCGCCCAUUAAUAUGGAGGUUAAAAAAUUCUUCCUGAGUUUAGAUAUACCACUGAUAGAAGUGUAUGGAAUGUCUGAAUCUGCUGGACCUCAUACAAUAACUGAUAUAAACAAUUACAACAUUCACGGUACUGGGGUGACAUUACCCGGUCUCUAUACAAAAAUAGACAAUAUAGACGAAAAUGGUGAAGGUGAAAUCUGUAUGGCUGGACGACAUGUAUUUAUGGGUUAUUUAAAUGAUCCAAAUAAAACUGCAGAAACUAAAGACAAAGAUGGAUGGUUACAUACCGGCGAUCUUGGUAAAUUGGAUUCAAAAGGAACCCUAUUCAUCACCGGUAGAAUAAAAGAGCUUAUUAUCACAAGCGGCGGAGAAAAUGUAGCACCAAAUAAUAUAGAGCAAGCCAUAUUAACAGAAUUGCCGGUGUUAAGUAAUGUCAUGUUAAUUGGCGAUAAGAGGAAAUAUUUGGUAGUGUUCGUCACGCUUAAGAGCGACAUGAAUAGCGAUAACGGGAUGCCUUUAGAUACACUGAAUCCAGACGUAUUGAAAUGGGUGAAAUCUAUUGGUAGUAAAGCCACGACAGUAACGGAUGUUAUAAACUCACGUGAUCCAUUGAUAUAUGAAGAAAUUGACAAGGCAAUCAAGAGAGCUAAUACACAUGCUAUAAGUAACGCUCAAAAAGUACAAAAAUUCGAAAUUCUUCCUCAUGAUUUCUCAAUACCGACUGGGGAAUUAGGACCCACGUUAAAGCUUAAGAAAAAUGUCGUUCUAAAUAUGUAUGCGGAUUUAAUAGAUAAAAUAUACCAAUGAAACAAAUUGAUAAAUUGCAUACCGAUAUAAUAAUAAAAAAUAUAUAUUAUUAACAAAAUUUAUUAUAAAUCCGAUUAAAUUAGAAAGCAUGCAUCAUUUCCACAAAAGUGAGACAGAUUCAAAUAGAUUAAAAAGACAUAGAAUUUUAAAUAUAUAUAUUAUUCAUAAAAGAUGUUUUUUACACACACUAAAAGAUAUAUGCAAAUAUGUAAAAAUAAAAUUGUCUCACCAAUGAAUUCAUAUUGUUUUGAAUUAAAUUGUUUUUCAAUCAAGUAUAUAA